GGUGGCAGUACAGGCUAAGAGACUAAAUCUAAGCUCUGCAGAUCCGGUGGACGCCAUUUCACGGAGAAACCCAAGAAAAAAUACUGAACACAUUUAAGCUAAAGCCAAAAUAGACGUGUACGGGAAGGCAGUCAUCGCCAGAGAAGUUAAAAGAACGAAUUUGAAACUCUUUAGCAAAGCCGUUUUGGAGGGUCGACGGUGGAUGUGGUGAUUGGGAGCGAAAAAGGAUUUUUCCUCUGAAAUCAGGCAUAACAAUAGAAAUGGCACAGACAAAAGGACUUCGCAAGAAAAGGCAAGUGGUAACCUUCAUUAUAUUGAUGCUUUUGUGGGAGGCGGGUUCAGAAUCUAUACAAUAUUCUGUAUUGGAGGAGACAGAGAGUGGCACAUUUGUGGCCAACUUGACCAAGGACCUGGGACUCAGGAGGGGAGAGCUGGCUGCGCGGGGAGCACGGGUUGUUUUCAAGGGGAACAGACAGCAUUUGCAACUUGACCCACAGACCUAUGAUUUGCUGCUAAAUGAAAAACUGGACCGGGAGGAGCUGUGCGGCGCCACUGAGCCGUGUUUGCUACCCUUCCAGGUGUUACUGGAAAAUCCCCUGCAGUUUUUCCAGGCUGCCUUGCAAGUGGGAGAUAUAAAUGACCACGCCCCGGAGUUCCCGGCCAGAGAUAUGCUCCUAAAAAUAUCAGAAAUCACUGCGCCUGGAAAGAUAUUUCCUUUGAAAAUGGCACAGGAUUUAGACGUGGGUAGCAACAGCCUUCAGAGCUACACAAUCAGCUCCAAUUCUCACUUCCGCGUUCUCACCCGCAAUCGCAGCGACGGCAGGAAGUUCCCGGUGCUGGUGCUGGACAAAGCGCUGGACCGUGAGGAGCAGCCUGAGCUCAGGCUAACCCUCACCGCGCUGGAUGGGGGGUCUCCGCCCCGGUCAGGGACCAUAGAGAUUCAGAUCUGGGUCUUGGACAGCAAUGACAACGCCCCAGAGUUCGCUCAGGAACUCUAUGAGGCGCAAGUCCCUGAAAACAGCUCCCUGGGCUCUCUGGUUAUCACCGUCUCAGCGAGAGAUUUAGAUGCAGGAUCCUUUGGAGAGGUAUCCUAUGCCCUACUUCAAACCGACGACGUUGACCAGCCCUUCGAAAUAAACGCAAUCACAGGCGAAAUUCGACUGAGAAAGACAUUGGAUUUUGAAGAAUUUCAAUCUUAUCACAUGGACGUUGAGGCCACAGAUGGCGGGGGACUAUCAGGAAAAUGUUCCAUAGUCAUCAAGGUUCUGGACGUGAAUGACAAUGCCCCUGAAUUGGCCAUGUCGUCGCUCAGCAGCGCCAUCCCUGAAAACCUGCCAGAGACGAUAGUGGCAGUUUUCAGUGUAUCAGAUGCAGAUUCUGGACAUAAUCAACAGGUUAUUUGUUCUAUAGACGAUAAUCUCCCCUUUCUUCUAAGACCGUCGGCGGAGAAUUUCUACACCUUGGUAACAGAAGGAGCGCUGGACAGAGAGAGUCAGGCCGAGUACAACAUCACCAUCACCGUCACCGACAUGGGGACCCCCAGGCUGAAAACCCAGCACAACAUCACCCUGCUGGUCUCCGACGUCAACGACAACGCCCCCGCCUUCACCCAAACCUCCUACACCCUGUUCCUCCGCGAGAACAACAGCCCCGCCCUGCACAUCGGCAGCGUCAGCGCCACAGACAGAGACGCGGGCGCCAACGCCCAGCUCACCUACUCGCUGCUGCCGCCCCACGACCCGCAGCUGCCCCUGGCCUCGCUGGUGUCCAUCAACGCGGACAACGGCCACCUGUUCGCCCUGAGGGCGCUGGACUUCGAGGCGCUGCAGGCGUUCGAGUUCCGCGUGGGCGCCAAGCACAGGCUGCUGGUGCUGGUCAAGGACAAUGGCGAGCCCGCGCUGUCUGCCAGCGUCACGCUGCACGUGCUGCUGGUGGAUGGCUUCUCGCAGCCCUACCUGCCGCUGCCGGAAGUGGCGGCCGACCAGGCGCAGGCCGACCCGCUGACCGUGUACCUGGUCAUCGCGUUGGCGUCGGUGUCGUCGCUGUUCCUGUUCUCGGUGCUGGCGUUCAUCGCGGUGCGGCUGUGCAGGCGGAGCAGGGCCGCCUGGGUGGGUGGCUGCUCGGUGCCCGAGGGCCACCUUCCGGGCCACCUGGUGGACGUCAGCGGCACAGGGACCCUGUCCCAGAGCUACCAGUAUGAGGUGUGUCUGAUGGGAGGCACAAGGGCCAGCGAGUUCAAGUUCCUGAAGCCGAUUCUCCCCAACUUCCUCCUCAAGAAACUUGGGAAGGAAAUGAAGGAAAACCCUACUUUUCGGAAUAGCUUCCCAUUCAGCUGUGCACACAAGGAGUUUAUGAAGGAAAAAAAUUCUCAAAGGCUAUGUAGCUCAAAGACUGACAAUACAACAUCUCCCCUCCCCCCCAGGAGAUACAGGUACAUUCCCAUUUGUUUGGAUUUAAAAAUUCAUAACUUCUAACACAAUAGAACAAAUUAGUAUUUUGGUAAUAGAAUGUUAGCUCCUCAAGAACAAGAAUUUU